CGUAGCGAAAUAAAAUCCAAAACGCUACACUUUGAUUUGACCACGCUAUCAGGCGAAGCCGUGUAUAGUUUACCAACCGGCGUAUCUUAGCAUCCACCCAGCCAUUUUGGGCUUGCCUUCCUCACAGUACCCCCACCUCUGUCUCUCUCUCUCAAACCCGGUUUCCUCUACAAGAAAGUUUCUGUGAGAGAGUUUGGGAAUUUAUCCUCUGCUUUGCUCCAUUAGUGUGACAGGUGCUGUACAUAAUUGGUGCAUAUAGUCUAAGACCCAUAAUUUGAAGACAGUGUGUUAUUAGGUUCAAAAGGGUAAUCUGAUUUUCAACUACAUUCCCAUAUUGUGCACAAAGUUGCAGCUUUGCUUCAGUUUGAGUUUGAGAAUCAAUCAACCAUGCCCCAUACUGCUUCUGUGCGGUUGUUAUAUGAAUGGAGAAGUCACAGUAAUCGUCGAUGCCAUAAUCCAGAUGCUUGCCUUGUAGGAAAGGGUCGAGUACAUAUGGUCGGAAUCAAUUUUCCUCCACAUGUUUUGCGACAGGGUGCCUGCAGUCUCAAUCUUUUAAGCAGUGUUCGUGGCCCAAUAGGUCCAGUAUCUUCCAGAUGCAAUGUUUUCUUGUGCAGAUCUGUUUUAGUACCAGGUGGAGGAAAUGGGGUUCCCCUUCUGAAAUCUGCUGCUGUAGUUUUAACAAGGUCUUAUGAUGCUUUACGUGGAAGCCCUGUUUUACUUAAAUUGAUCCCAGCAGUUGCUAUCAUAGCUUUUGCUGUUUGGGGUCUUGGGCCACUUUUGCGUCUCGGCAGGAUUAUAUUUCUUCAACGGAACGAUAGUACUUGGAAUAAAAGUAGGUCGCACUAUGUCAUGAAUUCUUACCUCCGGCCCUUGCUUCUUUGGACUGGAGCAACUCUUAUGUGCAGAGCACUAGAUCCUGUAGUCCUACCUUCAGAAGCUAGCCAGGCUGUCAAGCAACGUCUUAUAAAUUUUGUACAAUCAUUAUCAACAGUGCUGGCAUUUGCCUAUUGUUUGUCAAGCUUGAAUCAACAAGCACAAAAGUUCUUUACGGAGACAAGUGACCCAAGUGAUUCGAGAAAUAUGGGCUUCAAUUUCGCUGGCAAGGCUGUUUAUUCUGCAGUUUGGGUUGCUGCAGUAUCAUUGUUCAUGGAGCUGCUGGGAUUCUCAACCCAGAAAUGGCUAACAGCUGGUGGUCUUGGCACAGUGUUGCUCACCCUUGCUGGUCGCGAGAUAUUCACAAACUUCCUUUCAAGUGUAAUGAUCCAUGCCACACGACCAUUUGUUGUUAAUGAAUGGAUUCAGACUAAGAUUGAAGGCUAUGAAGUUUCUGGUACUGUUGAGCAUGUGGGUUGGUGGUCACCAACAAUUAUAAGAGGCGAUGAUCGCGAAGCAGUUCACAUUCCAAAUCACAAGUUCACUGUAAACGUUGUCAGGAAUCUUAGCCAGAAGACUCAUUGGCGCAUUAAGACCCACCUAGCCAUAAGUCACUUGGAUGUCAUUAAAAUUAACACUAUUGUAGCUGAUAUGCGCAAGGUUUUGGCCAAAAAUUCUCAAGUAGAGCAGCAAAGGUUGCAUAGGAGAGUUUUUCUGGACAAUAUUAAUCCAGAUAAUCAGGCCCUUAUGAUUUUGGUAUCCUGCUUUGUUAAAACAUCUCAUUUUGAGGAGUAUCUCUGUGUUAAGGAGGCAAUACUUUUGGAUCUUCUCAGAGUUGUCAGCCAUCAUCGUGCCCGGCUUGCCACACCCAUUCGCACAGUCCAGAAAUAUUACAGUGAGGCUGACUUGGAAAAUGUGCCAUUUGCUGACACCAUUUUCACUCAUUCUAGGGCAUCCAAUAAUCGUCCAUAUCUACUUAUUGAACCAUCUUAUAAAAUCAGUAGUGAUGACAAAAGUAAAGCUUCAAGUCGCCCAACACGUACAAAUGGAGACAAACAGGCCCAGGCUGAAGCUUCCUCAACAUCCGACUCCAAGGGAUCAGAUGCUAAAUCUGGGGCAACACUAACUCAUGCACAAACUGACAAUAAAGUUGCGGCAACUUCAAGUUCCAACUCAAGCACAAACUCCAAGACCUCGGAAAUGCCAACAUCUGAACCCCAAACACGGAAUUCGGCAUCUGAUGGUUCAGUUCGAAGCAACUCUGAAAUGCUGCAGUCCAAGAAUGAGAGUACAAAAAAUGCAGGGAAAGAGACAACAGGAGUUGAUUCCAAAGAUGCGUCUCCACCAAAGAUGACGUCUAAGAAGUCCCUUGUUGCUUCGCCUGAGACUGGUAGCGAAAAAGCAGAUGUUCCUCUGGCACCUUUACAAGCAAAGCAUGAUGGUGAGAAACCUGUUUCAUCACCAUCCAUAGCUAGGCCUCCCUUAGAAGAGAAUAUUAUCCUUGGUGUUGCUUUGGAGGGCUCAAAGCGAACACUUCCAAUUGAGGAAGAAGACAUGGCUCCAUCUCCUGCUGCAGAAUCAAAAGAACUCACUGCCCGCCGAAAUGGUGGAGGGUCUCCUCCUGUUGGCACAGAUUUGAAAGAUGGUUAAUUGCCUGCAGUUCCUAGAGCCAUGCAAACUGAAUAGCAGGACCAUGAAGGCUACGUCGUUAGUCGUUAAAGUGUAACACAGUUAUUGAUUGACGUGUGAAAAUGCAUGCCGCUGAGUUUUUGAAGCUGGCAUUACAUUGUCUUCUACGAUUGCUUGAUAAUUUGUUGAAAUGGAAAUUUGUGGGUCAAUCUGAAACGACCAGUUUCUCCCA